AUGAGUGUCCAGGUGCAAUCGGCAACCAACCCCGGGUUGACAUUGUCCAAGGACCGCUGUGUUCCCGGUUCAGUCAAUAUACCGCUCGCGAAAUGGCCAAAGACUGCCGAAUCGACAGCUGCAGAUCCAAACGAGAUCGCAAACAAUAUCGUUAAAUCCCUCAAUACGUCCCUCGAGCGACAAGAUACGAAAGCAAUUGCUGAGCUCUUCCUUGAGGGCGGCUAUUGGCGAGACCAUCUAGUGCUGUCAUGGGACAUGCAUACCAUGAAGGGUCGUCAACAAGUUGCGUCGUUCCUAGCUCAGCAGUGUCCCAUCACAAAGAUCGAGAUUGACAGAAGCACCGCCUAUCGGUCACCACAGUAUGGAGUGUUUGACGGCACUGGAGACACAAAAGGAAUAAUAUUCUUUACCACCUUCACCUCGAAGUCGGGCAGUGGCCAGGGUGUGGUCAGACUAGCAGAGUAUGAGGGUAAAUGGCAGAUUUUCACCCUCUUCACCACACUGCGAGACAUCGCUGGACAUGAAGAAAUGGUCAACCACCGCCGCCCCAAGGGCGUCGAACACGGUGGAAAGAUCGACCGCAAGAAUUGGCAGGAGAGGCGAAGCCAAGAUAUUGACUUUGAAAACAAAGAGCCCGUGGUUUUAGUUGUAGGUGCCGGACAGGCAGGCCUAACUGUGGGAGCACGAUUGAAGAAUCUAGGCGUCGAUACUCUCCUCAUUGAUAGCGAGGACCGAAUCGGAGACAAUUGGCGACGAAGAUACCACCAGCUGGUGCUCCAUGAUCCCGUUUGGUAUGACCACAUGCCAUACAUCAAUUUCCCAGCCCACUGGCCAAUCUUCACUCCCAAAGACAAGCUCGGUGAAUUCUUCGAGGCAUAUGCCAAGCUCCUCGAGCUCAACGUCUGGGUCAAGACAACCCUCGAAUCGACUUCUUGGGAUGAGUCAAAGAAGCUGUGGACGGUGACCGUUAAACGGACUAAGGUCGACGAAAGCACUGAAACUCGCACCCUCCACCCCAAGCACGUCAUCCAAGCAACAGGCCAUUCAGGCAAGAAGAACUUUCCUUCCUACACCAAGGGCCUCGAAAACUUCAAAGGUGACGUUCUCUGCCACUCGUCAGAGUUUCGUGGCGCCCAACCCAACCGCAAAGGCAAAAAGGCCGUCGUCGUUGGAUCCUGCAACUCCGGGCACGACAUAUCGCAGGACUUCUACGAGAAGGGCUACGACGUUACGCUCGUGCAGCGCUCUACAACCUGCGUCAUCUCUAGCGAGGCGAUCACCAACAUUGGACUCGCAGGCCUAUAUGAUGAGAACGGCCCGCCCGUGGACGACGCUGACUUAUGGCUGCACAGCCUGCCAAGCGAAGUGCUAAAAUCGCUCCAAGUCAAGGUCACCGAACUCCAGCGUCAACACGACAUUAAAACGCUUGAAGGGCUCGAGAAGGCCGGUUUCAAACUCGACUCAGGCCCUGAGAACUCAGGGCUUUUCAUGAAAUACUUCCAGCGCGGAGGCGGCUAUUAUAUUGACGUUGGCGGCUCACAACUGAUCAUUGAUGGUAAAGUCAAGGUCAAGCAGGGGCAGGAGAUCGAGGAGAUCCUGCCACACGCAAUCCGAUUCGCCGACGGUUCGAAGCUGGAAGCCGAUGAGAUCGUCUUCGCUACGGGAUAUCAGAACAUGAGGACCCAGGCACGAGAGAUCUUCGGCGAUGAGAUCGCCGACCGUGUUGGCGACAUCUGGGGCUAUGACGCCGAGGGCGAGAUGCGGACUAUUUGGCGUAAGACUGGCCAUCCGGGCUUCUGGUUCAUGGGUGGAAAUCUCGCGCUGUGUCGCUACUACUCAAAAUUGUUGGCUUUGCAGAUCAAGGCCUCUCUGGAAAAUCUUAGUUAG